AUCGAAGAGCUUCUGAAGGAGGUAACAUUGAAGGAGACAAAGAAGAAGAAGAUUGAUGCCUUCCUCCAUGAAAUUAACAGCUUGCUGAGUGCCAUCCCAGAGACCCCAGAAACUGAACUCACCGACCAGGCCUGGCUCCCCAAGGGCGUGAAGGUCCCGUUCCUGCAGGUGCCGUUCAGCGUGAAGGGGAGGUUCCGCUUCCUGCCCCCGACCGAGCUGAAGGUGGUGGGCAGCUACCUGCUGGGCACCUGCAUUAAGCCGGAGAUCAACGUGGACGUGGCGGUGACCAUGCCGCGGGAAAUCUUCCAGGACAAAGAUAACCUGAACCAGCGCUACCACCGGAAGAGAGCUCUGUACCUGGCCCACAUUGCCCAGCACUUCUCCAAGGAGAAGCUCUUCGGCAGCGUGAAGUUUGCCUACGUGAACAGCAACCAUCUCAAGCCCAUCCUGCUCCUGAGGCCUCAAGGCAAGGAUGAGAAGAUGGUCACUGUCCGACUCCAUGCCUGUCCUGUCCCGGGUCUCUUCAAGCCCAGCCGCUUCUAUCCCAGCAAGAACAAUGUCCGGACAGCCUGGUUCAUGGAGCAAAGCACACCCAAAGAAGGAGCCACCGAACCACCGACCCCGCAUUACAACAACUCCAUCCUCUGCGACACAGUGCUGCUGUCCCACCUGCACUUCUUGUCUAGUGCAGCCGCCGACUUCCCGGGCAUGAAGGAUGGCCUGGCCCUUCUCAAAGUUUGGCUGAACCAGCGGCAGCUCAGCAAGGGCUUGGGGUGCUUCAGUGGCUUCUUAGUCUCCAUGCUGGUUGCCUACCUGCUGAUGAAACGCAAGAUCGUCAAGAUGAUGAGUGGGUACCAGGUGCUGAGGAGCACGCUGCAGUUCCUAGCCACCACUGACCUGAGCGUGACGGGGAUCAGCCUAGCGAGGGAUGUGGAUGCCUCCCUGCCUGUCCUGGAUGACUUCCACCAGGCAUUUGAAGUGGUCUUUGUGGAUCCCUCCGGGCUGGUGAACCUCUGUGCUGAUAUGACUGCCAGCAAAUACCACCAGGUCCAGUUUGAAGCCAAGCGCUCCAUGGAAAUUUUGGAUGAUCGGAUGGUGGAUGGCUUUCAGGUGCUGCUCAUGACCACGAAGCCCAUGCUCAGAGCCUUUGACCAUGUCUUCCACCUGAAGCAUGUCUCCAAGCUGCAGGGUGCCUGCAAGAAGAUGCAGCUGCUGAAUGAGCUGAUGGAUCGGGGUGGGAACUACGUGGCUGCGGCCCUUCCCUUCAUUGUCUCGCUGCUGGCCCGUGGGCUGGCUGGGAGAGCGCUGCUUGUGACUCACUCCUUGCCCCAGAUCCCUGAGUGGCAGAUUGAUGCUGAGCCCCCGAAGCACAAGGAUGUUGGGCCCUUGAUGUUUGGGCUUCUGUUUGUCCCGGAGUUUGCUGCCAGCACUCUGGAGAAGGGACCACAGGCCGAUCACCCUGAGGCCCUGGACUUUCGGACCUUCUGGGGGGAGAAAUCAGAGCUGCGGCGGUUCCAGGAUGGCAGCAUCUGCGAGGCGGUGGUGUGGGAGGCCGACACCGUUUGCCAGAAACGCCUCAUUCCUGAGCAGAUCAUCAGGCACCUGCUUAAGCUCCACAUGGACAUUCCCGAAUCUUCCAUCUGCUAUACUGGAGCCCUGCUGGAGUCUGUGAUCAGGACUGGGCAAGAGGCAUCAGGGACGGGUGAGGAGGCCAUGGUCAGCGUUGUCUGCUCCUACGAUGACCUGAGCCGCAAGCUGUGGAACCUGAAAGGGCUGCCGCUGACGGUGACGGCUGUGCAGGGCGUCCAUCCAGCCCUCCGGUACACGGAUGUCUUCCCUCCCAUUCCCAUGAAGCCAAUUUACUCCUUCCAUACCCGAAUCAGGACCAAGCACUUGCUGCUUCCCUCAGAGGAGAAGCCCUGCCCGGCCUACAUAGCCCCUUUGAAGAUCAUCUGCCACAUGGAAGGCAGUGGCCAGUGGCCACAGGACAAAGAAGCCAUCAAGCGCAUCAAGGCGGCUUUCCACCUCCAGCUGGCUGAGCUCCUCCAGCAGCAGCACCAGCUGGUUUGCAGACCUGCGGUCACCCACACUGAUGUGUACAAGGAUGGCUAUGUUUUCUACCUCCAAGUAGCCUACCACCGGGAGCCCCUGAUCUUGAAGGAAGUGGUCACCCCAGAAGGGAUGCUGAAGUACCAGGACACAGAGGAGUCUCGGCAACUGGAGCUGGAGACGUUGCAUCUGCCCUAUCUAACCAGCUCCUUGCAUGGCUCUCCCCAGGUGGGGUUCCUGCGCUUCCUCAACCUGCUGGCAACCUUUGACUGGAAAAACAACCCUCUGAUCAUCAACCUGAACGCUGGCCUCACAGAUGCUGACUGCACAGAGAUCAAGAACAAGUUUGUGGCUGCUCGCUCUCGCCUCCCUGUCAUGUUCAUUGCCACCCCCAAAGACCAGUGGAGCUCCAUGUGGACUCAAGAGCGUCCCUCAGCGCAGAUCCUGCAGCGCCUUCUUGUGCUGUCCUCAGAGUCCCUCCGUGCCCUGGAGGAGCAGCUCAUGGACCCGCUCAACAGCCAGGAUGUGAAGAUGGUCUUCCGCCCUCCUUUGGAUUUCUAUGAUGUCCUGAUCCACCUGAAUCCAAACCAGAUUCCUCGGCAUCUGGAAAGCGUGGACCGGCCACUGAAGUCGUUUUCCCGGGGUGUGGUGAAGAACAGCACUGCAGUGAAGAUCCUCUUUCCUGUGGUGGAUUAUGACCCCGUACAGUGCUACCUCCAGGAGCUGAGAGACACCUUCAGUGAUCUCAUGUUGUUGUUCUAUGACAAGCGUGGUGGGGAAGUGGUUGCAGUUUUGUGGAAACCUUUGAGCUUUCAGCCUCAGCCUUUUAAGGUCUCCAGCAUGAAAGGAAGGAUGGUGACAACUCUGAACAAUGAGCUAGUCUGCGUUCCCAAUGUGGAGGCAAUUCUGGAGGACUUCGAGGUUUUGGGAGAAGGCCUGGUCAAAAGCGUGGAAGCUCGUACAGAGAAAUGGACUAUCUGAGGCCACUGAGAGGUGUCAGAGGGACCUGUCCUGAAGCAGAGUUGGUUCACUCUAGGACUGUUACUUUUUAUAAAUCAGUCCUAGGAAAGGCUUUCAGCUUUUUAAAUCCCAGAACUGUGUGUUUUACUCUAUUUAUCUUUAUAUGCCUUGUUCAGAAAAGUGAUGGGACCUGUUAUUGUUUUCAAGAAUACAAAUGCCUUUUUAUUUUGAAGAAAAUAUAAAGAUGGGAUAAAGUUUUUGAAA